GUCUGCUGGCGUGGUUCUCUCCCGUAGCCUUUGCUUGUCUCGCGCAUCACUUUGACCGCUGCUCCGCGCGUGAGCCAGGCCUGACCGCUGUAUGCAGGGUACUCUCGAAGGAGCUCGUGGUCCUGGACGGUUCCAUCGGGCCUGGCUGACCACAGCGGACCGGACCGGGCUGCGGUCCUGGCGUGGAGAGGAGGGGCACGAGAAAAGGACCCACGCCCGCCCCUCCAUCGCGGCGAGCCCGUGGCGUCUGAGAACACGCGGAAAAGCGGAUCGGUCUUGGCAGACCGGGCUCCGGAGCUGCACUGCGCGUGCGCCACGGUGCUAGCAGCGGGAGGCGGCGGUAAUUACCGAUUGUCCUGCUUGGAGGAGGCGCGGCAACCCGAGCCGAGGGGUGGCCGGGCUCAUGAUUCUGCCGCUGCUCCACGCCUCGUAAAGGCUUCUCGGAGACCAAAGCUGCGGGGGUUCUCAGCCCUCUCGGACCGCCCGCGGAGAACCGAACCUGCGCGCGGAGCCGGUCGGCGGGACAUCAGGAGAGGAAGGUGCAAUGGCCGCAAAUUUAUCUGUAAUCAUGAUCUUGACCAUUGCCCUUUGGGUUACAAACCCCCUUCAUCAACUACAAUCAACAGCUGCUUUCUCUCAGACCACUGAGAAAAUUAAUUCAAAUUGGGAAUCUGGCAUUAAUGUCGACUUGGCAGUUACCACGCAGCGACGUCAUCUGCAGCAGCUUUUCUACCGCUAUGGAGAGAAUGAUUCCUUGUCAGUCGAAGGCUUCAGAAAAUUGCUUCAGAACAUAGGCAUAGAUAAGAUUAAAAGAGUCCACAUACACCAUGACCACGAGCAUCACUCUGACCACGAACAUCACUCUGACCACGAACAUCACUCUGACCAUCACUCUGACCACGAGCGCCAUUCCCACCGAGGUCACGCUGCUGCCGGUAAAAACAAUCAGAAAGCCUUUUGCCCAGACCUUGACUCUGAUAAUUCAGGUAAAAAUCCUAGAACCAGCCAAGGAAAAGGAUCUCGCCCAGCAGAGCACAUGAAUGGUAGGAGGAAUGUCAAGGAGAGUGCAAGCUCCAGUGAGGUGACCUCGGCGGUGUACAACGCUGUCUCUGAAGGAACUCGAUUUAUAGAGACAAUAGAGACUCCAAAACCUGGGAGACGCACCAAAGAUAUAAACCCUUCUACUCCACCCAGCAUCACAGAGAAGAGCCGAGUGGGCCGGCUGAGCCGGCUAGCUAGGAGGAAAAGCAACGAGUCUGUGAGUGAGCCCAGAAAGAGCUUUAUGUAUUCCAGAAACACAAAUGACAAUAUUCAGGAGUGCUUCAAUGCAACAAAGCUGCUGACAUCCCAUGGCAUGAGCAUCCAGGCUCUGUUGAAUGCAACGGAGUUUAACUAUCUCUGCCCAGCCAUCGUCAAUCAAAUUGAUGCUCGGUCUUGUCUGAUUCAUACAGCAAGUGAGAAGAAGGCGGAGAUCGCUCCAAAGGCCUAUUCUUUACAAAUAGCCUGGCUUGGUGGCUUCAUAGCCAUUUCCAUCAUCAGUUUCCUGUCUUUGCUGGGAGUCAUCUUGGUGCCACUCAUGAACCGGGUGUUUUUCAAGUUCCUGCUGAGCUUCCUCGUGGCACUGGCCGUCGGGACUCUGAGUGGUGACGCUCUGUUACAUCUUCUCCCACAUUCUCAUGCAAGUCAUCACCACAGUCAUAGCCAUGAAGAGACAGCAAUGGAAAUGAAAAGAGGCCCCCUGUUCAGCCACCUGUCGGCUCAGAACAUAGAAGAAAGCUCCUAUUUUGAUUCCACAUGGAAAGGUCUGACAGCUCUAGGGGGCUUGUAUUUCAUGUUUCUUGUGGAACACGUACUCACGCUGAUCAAGCAAUUUAAAGAUAAGAAAAAGAAGAAUCAAAAGAAACCUGAAAAUGAUGAGGAUAUGGAGAGCAAGAAGCAGCUGUCCAAAUACGAAUCUCAGCUUUCCACAAACGAAGAGAAAGUGGAUCCAGGUGAACGACCUGAAAGCUACCUGCGAGCUGACUCCCAAGAGCCCUCCCCCUUUGAUUCGCAGCAGCCAACGAUGUUGGAAGAGGAGGAGGUCAUGAUAGCCCAUGCACACCCACAGGAAGUCUACAAUGAAUACGUGCCCAGGGGCUGCAAGAACAAGUGCCAUUCACACUUCCAUGAUACACUGGGCCAGUCCGAUGACCUCAUUCACCACCAUCACGACUACCAUCACAUUCUGCACCACCACCACCACCAGAACCACCACCCCCACAGCCACAGCCAGCGCUACUCCCGAGAGGAGCUGAAGGAUGCUGGCAUUGCCACAUUGGCCUGGAUGGUGAUCAUGGGCGAUGGGCUGCACAAUUUCAGUGACGGCCUUGCUAUUGGGGCUGCCUUCACCGAGGGUUUGUCCAGUGGGCUAAGCACAUCUGUCGCUGUGUUCUGUCAUGAACUGCCUCAUGAACUAGGUGACUUUGCUGUUUUGCUAAAGGCUGGCAUGACCGUCAAGCAGGCUGUGCUCUAUAAUGCCCUGUCAGCCAUGUUGGCCUAUCUUGGAAUGGCAACGGGGAUAUUCAUCGGGCAUUAUGCAGAAAACGUUUCUAUGUGGAUAUUUGCACUCACUGCCGGCUUGUUCAUGUAUGUUGCCCUGGUAGACAUGGUGCCUGAGAUGUUGCACAACGAUGCUAGCGACCACGGAUGCAGCCGCUGGGGGUACUUCUUCCUGCAGAAUGCUGGCGUACUGCUGGGUUUUGGAAUUAUGUUACUCAUUUCCAUAUUUGAGCAUAAAAUUGUGUUUCGUAUAAAUUUCUAAUUAGAUUCUAAACCCUAGAACAGCUUAAAGAAGUAUUGUAGUUCAAUUAGAUGGUAGAAAUAUGUUCAUAUGCUGUGAUACACAGCAUUUAAAACUAGUGGGUUUUGUGAUUUUUCUAUCAAAUUUUGCCAUUUGUUAUGCUUAUAAAGUCUGUUCCAUUGGGUAACAUAAAGGUACGUUUUAAUAUUUAAGUUAUUCUGUUUUGGAAAUGUAAAUUCUAUGUACGAUCCACCAAUAUUACCCAGCUUACUGUAUGUUUUGGCAUGCCAUGUUGUGUAUAUUUUAGAGAAAGUGUCUUUAAUGCUCUUCUGUAGGCUUUAGCAUUAGUUCCCUGCUGGAGUUGGACCCCUGCUGUGGUGAGAAAGAAUGGGCACAAAGGCCAGCAGUUCACACUGAGUGUGCCCAGAAAUAGGAGGAUCGAAGAGGUGCAUAUUGCUUUGAAAAAUCACAAGAUUGGUUAUAAUGUAGAGAGGGAAAUUCUAGUUGUGUUUUAAAGGAGUGUGUUUAGUUCCGAGUACAUUUGUGAACAUCUGUCAAAUUGUUACUGUUCCUGUAAAACAAGUGAGCACUUUUGAUACACUUCAUCUGGUUGUACAUGUGUACAAUAGAGAAGUCUAAAUACGUUAAUCCAAGCAAUGUGUCACUUGGCUGAGAAAUGAGGAUUUUAAAUCUGUGUGUGGAGACGGGCCAAAUGAGUAACUAGUGUGCGUCACCAGAAGACUCGGUUUUCACCAAGCUAAGUUACACUUGACGUUUGUGGGGGUGGGAGGUUCUGGCUGUCUAAGCUCCCCAAUGGCAAGUAUUAGAACCUUGAUUCAUGAGAGGACAUUAAGACCUGUCCUGAAAAUAUUUUGACUUCAGAAAGCACUUAGCUCCUCUCUCUCUCUCAGUGCUUUAAAAUGUCUUUGUGAACAAAUGUUCUUUGAUGUAUGACACUGUAGAUACAUUGGGGCUGUCUGUAGCACUGUCUGGAUAUUUCUUAAAAAAAUUAAAGUGUCAACUCAGUGUCAA